GGUUGCCUCUCACCGUCUAUAAAAGCUGCCAGGCCCGUGUGCAGCAUCCCAUUCACACCACAGACCACAGGAAAACAUGGAGGCUAUUCAGAAAGUAUUUGAGGCUAAAAACCAGGCCACCAGCCCUGCGCUGGUGACCUUCACCACAGCGGGUUACCCCACACCAGAGGACACCGUGUCUAUCUUGCUGCCAUGCAAGAGGGCGGCGCAGACGUCAUUGAGCUGGGUGUGCCCUUCUCGACCCGUCGCAGAUGGACCGGCUAUCCAGGAGACGAACGUCUAUGACGCUGAGAGCACGUGCAUAGAUCGCACUACAACAGGAUGUACAAUACCCCCAUUGUUGGGCUACUACAAUCCACUGCUUGCGUACGGGGAGGACAAGGCAAUCCAGGAUGCAGCUGAAGCAGGAGCCAACGGCUUCAUCGUUGUCGAUCUGCCGCCUGAGGAGGCUAUCACGUUCCGCGAGAAAUGUAUCAGGGCCAAGCUGUCGUUCGUUCCCCUCAUUGCACCAUCGACUUCAGAGCGUCGUAUCGAGUUCCUUGCGUCUAUCGCGGACUCAUUCAUCUAUGUUGUUUCGAAAAUGGGUACAACCGGAUCCUCAGUAACAGGGACAAUGAACACCGCUCUUCCCGACCUCAUCUCCCGCGUGCGCGAAUACACCGAUGUCCCUCUCGCCGUCGGUUUCGGCGUCGCGACGCGUGAACACUUCGACCUCGUUGCCGAUGCAGGCGCAGACGGCGUCGUUAUUGGCAGCCGCAUCGUCAGUGUCAUCAAGAACGCACCGCAGGGCGAGGCAGCGAAGACCAUCGAGGCGUACUGCCGCGAGAUUAGUUUGAAGGGCCAGCCACCACGGCGACCGAACCUCAACGCGGCGCGCAGCUCCGCCUCGCGCGUCAGCAAGGCGAGCAAGGUCACUGAGGAGAUCAAGAAGUCAGGUCUGUCACCGCGGUUCGGCCAGUUCGGUGGCCAGUACGUGCCGGAAUCGUUGUGGGACUGCUUGGUCGAACUCGAAGAUGUGCACCAGAGCGCGAUGAAGGACCCGGAAUUCUGGAAGGAGUUUGAGAGCCUGUAUGGCUACAUGAACCGACCGUCGAACUUGUACAAGGCGGAGCAGCUCACGAGCCAAGCGGGUGGCGCAACCAUCUGGCUGAAGCGGGAGGAUCUCAACCACACAGGCUCACAUAAGAUCAACAACGCCAUUGGCCAGAUUCUCUUGGCAAAGCGGUUGGGCAAGAAGCGAAUCGUGGCCGAGACCGGUGCAGGACAGCACGGUGUAGCAACAGCUACCGUCUGUGCUCGAUUCGGGAUGGAGUGUGUCAUCUACAUGGGUGCAGAGGACGUCAGACGGCAAGCACUGAACGUUUUCCGCAUUCGCAUGUUGGGGGUGAUUCCUGUCGCCUCAGGAUCAUGUACCCUCAAGGAUGCCGUCAAUGAAGCCAUGCGCGACUGGGUCACUAACCUCUCGAUCAUUGGGAAGGAGAUCAAGGAGCAGCUGCACGCGGAGAUAGGCAAGCUACCUGAUGCCGUCGUCGCAUGUGUAGGUGGUGGCAGCAAUGCCAUCGGGACGUUCUACGACUUCAUAUCGGACAAAGCCGGUGGUGAAGGUCUUGACGGUGAUCGGCACUCAGCCACCCUCAGUAAGGGCGUAGCAGGAGUGCUCCACGGUGUCCGCACGUACAUUCUCCAGUCGAGCGCGGGUCAGAUCGUCGAGACGCACUCCAUCAGUGCUGGCCUCGACUACCCCGGCGUCGGCCCCGAGCACGCCUGGUUGAAAGACUCGGGCGCGCUGCGCGGCUUCCGGAUGUGCACGCAACUAGAGGGCAUUAUCCCGGCUCUGGAGUCGUCGCACGCCGUGUGGGAGGGCAUGCGGUUAGCGAAGACGUUGCCGAAGGAGGCCAACAUCGUCAUCUGCCUGUCGGGCCGGGGAGACAAGGACGUGGAGCAAAUCUCGCAGUUGCUUCCCGGGAAGUGGGAAGACGUCCUGGACUGGCAUAUUACGUCGUGAAUAAGAUGCACAAUGUACUGUAUGGACCGAUAGAUUAUACAAGACUACUCUAGAAAGUAGCCUUUCACAGCGGACAAACUGCCAUGUGCAAGAAUCCUAACAUAUCAGUG